UAUCUCUCUUAUUAUUAUUCAUGCCUACGCGGCUGUGAUCGCAAUCUCCCGAAUCCAACGAAGUCCCAUUUCCAAUAUCGAGGUACCUAUCUAUUGGAACCCUAGAAUCUUCAUAUCCCGCCUCUAUCCCUCUCCCAGUAUGGCGUCCACGACGGUCCAAUCGCUUCAGCGGCAGCAUCCCCUGCAGCGACUGUCCAGUCCGUCCAGAGGCUUCUCGGCCUUGGUUCAUUUACUGGGUCUAGCCAGCUUUAUAGGGUCCUUCAAGUUCAUGCACGAGAACCCCAAUCGGGCUAAUGAAGCAUAUGGUUCGCAUUUCCAGUUCCUGACGGUCAUUGGGCUGACGCUGGCCACGCUCACCUUUGCCGUCGGUCUGCUGGCGGAUAUGGCGUUAUCGGCUCGGCUAUUCCUUGCCAAGAAUCUCCUCUCUAUAUGCAGCGCUCCGAUGGAGGUGCUGAUCAGCAUCCUGUACUGGGGGCUUCGUGUGAUCGAUCCGCAUCUGGUUGUUCCUGACUGGGCGGUAAUUCCCCUACACGCCGACAUCGGUUUCCACGCUGUACCAUCAGUUGUUCUACUCAUUGAUCUCUUUCUUCUCUCCCCUCCAUGGACGAUCUCGGUUCUCCCUGCUCUGGGGCUGUCCAGCACCAUCGCCUUUGGAUACUGGUUUUGGAUCGAGCGGUGCUUCCAGUAUAACGGAUGGUACCCAUAUCCUCUUCUUGAUGCUGCCGGAUUUGAGGGUCGCAUUGGGAUUUUCGCCGUGAGUGCCAUUGUCAUGGCAUUAAGCACGGGGACCCUCAAGUGGCUCUACGGCCGCGUGAAUGGCUACGGGACAGGCACUAAAGCACAGUCUCGCCCUGGACAGAUCAAACGCAACGGCAGUCUCUAAGAAUAUGUCGUUGGUUGGCAGAGCAUGACAAUGUCUGUCUCAGCUUGGGAAGAUCUACGCGUCCUUUGACUAAUAGAUAAGAUGAUAGAAACUACCCAUAUGUAGCAUCUGAGCUAAUAGAGACCAUAUAUGCACGAUCGUAAAUCUCUUGCUAGAGGUGAUAAAAUGAC